AUGAAGGAAACUUCAACGCCCUCUUCCAAGCAAGCCGGGGCUGAAGCGGGCCAUUUGCAACCCAACGGAAGCAGCCACUCUGUUUCUGACAUUCUUACCCCCCAGGAGCUUUCUUCUGACGACUCAUGGUCUAUAGUGACCGGUAGCGACUCUCAAUCUGUUACUUACAACGAGGUUGUAUCAAGCGAUGAUGCCGAUUCGGAGCCAGAUACAAGAGAAGCAAGAGCUUCCGUGUCCACGCUGAAAAACGAUACGGCCGGCUCCCAAUUUUCGGUGCCAAGAUUAGGCUCCCACGAUGUGUCUUCUGACAGCGCUUGUUCCGCAAGAGAUACCCUGAUCAACUACUAUAAUAUCGCCAAGGCCAAGCGGCCAGAGAACCUAAAGUCCUGGCACUAUUUUGCCGUGCUGGGAUUAGCCUUGACCGUGCUGGUUGGGGGUUCGGUUUUUGGCUCGCGCGAGGUGGAUUGUCCAGCCAUUACGCAGGCUCUUUCUGCGGAUCUGAAAGAGUGUCUUGUCACGAACGCCAAUUCCGACGUGGGGUGUGUCAAACAUUACCUAGACGUUCGGGAGCAGUAUCAAAAUGACUGCACUUUUGACGAUACGCAUCUUUUAUGGGAGUUCAGCAAGAUCAAGUUCCAACGGCAUAUCUUGGGCGAGAAGCAGAUUGCGGAUAUUCAAGCAAAGUUGCUUUCAGUUAAUGAACAUGGUCGCAGAUUGGGUGAAUAUGGAGAGGUGGGACUAGCGUGGUUCCGCAGGUUCGGGAACACUUUGGCAGAGAAAGCAAAGGCGCAGGUUAAGGAAUUGAAGCAAGACAAGAGACUCGAGAAACAGCUGAUUGUGCUGCGUAAUUGGAGCUCGAAUGCUAGAGUGACGGUUGGUGAGUGGGCUUCUGGCUUUAUUGAGGAGUACAAAGCUGCCAACGAGCGCAGUGGUAAGCAACUGGCUGAAUUUUUUGAUUCCUUGAAGCAGAAAUAUACUCAGUUGUCCAAUUCUGCAAAGUUGAAGGUGAAGAACGUUGAUUACGACAAGAUAUGGGAACACGGUUUGGACAGGUUUAAAGGAAUUCAAGAUGUCGCUACAGAGCAAUAUUUCAAGACAUUGGUUAAGGCUACAAAGGCAAGUCACUACAUCAGAGCUCAAGCAAUAAAGGAGUAUAAGCAGCUUGACGAGGCAUCUCGUCCAAGAGUCGCUUACUUGCGGAAGCAGGUCCUAAUUGCCCAGGAACAGGCAGUCGACUUUGUUUCUGAGUCUUAUAAAGAAUUGGGACGCUUGGUAGAGAAACAAGACUUGCUAUUCAAGAAGCCGGUUGUGUUGGCUACUCGCGGGGCACGGGAGUUCGACAGAUAUUUGCGCGAUAAGGUUUUAGGUUGGUACAACGAUUUUAGGAUACCCUGGGUUUAG